CGACCCCGGGCUGGUCAGGUCGGGUCACAGCGCGUCUCUGCAGCGAGAGCAGCAUUCUCGUGGCCAGCAUCGCCGCAACUCCUCGCUUCAUAUCGCUCUUCUCUGGCUGCAACAGUUACGUAACAUACUGUUCAAGCAAAGUGGCUUUUGUUUUUAAGGGUUAGGUUUCUUAUCAGGACAUUUUGAAUAUGUCACCUAUACUUACAGAACUGCUUUAUGGUACAAUAAUCCUUCUGUCAGUCAUAAAAAUACCGACUGUUGAUACAGGUGUCUUAGACAUAACAACAAUUUACCGAUUCAAUGAGAUUGAUUACACAAGUUUACCAGAAGACUCUCCAUGCGUCAAGAUGGGGAGCGUGGAGAUCCACGCGCGCACCAACGCACUCGGCGUGUCCCUGCACGUGCCGGGCGUGAAGGCAACUCGCGGGGAUCCUGCCUAUGGAAGCGGCCUAUCAGUUUCUCCGGAAUGUGGCUCUUGCGGCUGGAAGAUGGACACGUGGGUUGAAAAAUCCCAAGAUUAUGUCACCUCCGAAACCACUCUGGUGGCCAUCGAAGAAGGAAAACAAGUCUCCAAUCUAAAGCGAGGAUACAGAAGUUCGGCGGAGUCGGACACUUGCAAGUUCGAUGUAGUCCAAGUUGACGUAGCUCACACUGAUGUAUCUCCAGGCGCUCAAGGAUGGCUUGACAGUCCGCGAGGAGAGACGUCAAGAACCUGGACAAUACGGUCCAUGAAGAACCAGAAAAUAAAGUUGGUGUUCGUCGAGCCGGGCUCGCAGUCGGCGGAGCUGCAGAGCUACGAGGCGGCGGACUACGAGGUGCAGCUGAGCUACAGCGAGCGGCAGGCCAUCUUAGGCCGCUACGAACAGGCCAACCUCACCGCAGACUACGUGCUCUCGCAGGACAACUACUUGCGCGUGCGCGUAGAAAAAAACAUACAGAAGAGCUUCUCGGCCGUCUACUUUUUCGAGAGCCGCGACCAGCUGGCCUUGUACGGCGCGAGCGGCUCGCUGACUAGCCCGGAGACCUCGCCCUGGGCGGACAGGCUCUGCCUGGCGCUGCUGGCGAGGACGAUGCGCGCUUGUUGUCUGUGGUGA